AUGAUCUUUUUGUAUUCCAGAAGUACUACGGAUCCACUGAAACGACCAAUAAAAGCUUUUAUACUAUCCGCUUAUUACUAUCCUUACUCUAAAAGCUUGGGUAAAGACGCGUUUGCACUUGUGAUGAGCAUCAACUUAGGAAAAAGAAAAAGUAGUUAUCAGAGACUUCAAGUUGGAGAUUUGACGGAUACGACAGAAAUAUCUGUUUUGGGGAGAAACAAAUCGUCAGGUGUUCUUGUGCGUACAAAUUACGAAAGAAUCACCCUUCACGAGAAUUGCCAAAUGAUUUCAAUUUUUGCAACUGUUCAACUUUUACCCAAUACUCUCAAAGUUUCAAUGGAAUCAAACGGCGUAGUUACAGAAAUUCCAUUCAAAAUCCCAAGUUAUAAAAAACGGGAUGUUGUCGUGUGCAUUUCUCCAUUAUACGUUAGUGAGCAGUGGCAGAACUUUUUACUUGCAGCUCACAUAUAUAAACAAUUUGGUGCCCACUUGCACGUGUAUUUCAUUAGCGCGGUGGCCUCAUUUUUCCAAUUAAUGCAUGAAUAUGAAAAACAUAACUACAUAACAAUGCAACCAUGGGAUCGUGUUUAUUUUCCACAUGUAACAGGUGACAUAGCAGAUGUUUAUCAGCAGAUGGAGUUUCAAAAUUUGGCGGCAGCCCAAACUGAUUGUCUCCUUCAAUACAAAGAAUCGGCGAAAUUCAUUACAUUGUUUGAUCUGAAUGACAUUCUAAUACCAACGCUGGCUCCAACUUUAGUGGAAGAGUUUCAAAUCUUGAUGUCUGGCCAGUCUCAUGUCUCAUACAUGAUAUAUCCUCGACAAAACUAUGAAGCAACUGUUUAUAAUAAAACAGGGUUUUCAAUUCAAUCAAUGAUGAACAGUCUUGUCGAUAAGAAUACCAGGCAAACAGGGAGAAUAGUUAUAAAUCCUCACAAACUAAACUACACAUAUAUAAAUCGCCCACUUUGUAUUCCUAAUGGAUCGCGAUCUAUGGACGUUACUUCAAAUUUUAUAACUCAUUUGGACAGUGUUGUUUGGGAGAACAACGAAUUAGCAGAGGCAAGUUUGGAGUUUUUCAAUCUUGACAACAGUACUGAUAACAUGUACAAGGUGUUUUUUGGUGACAUUGAGGAAGACUUGAAGAGAAUGCUGAAAAAACAGCAAAUUGCUGAAAUUUUGGGGACAUUGCCUAACUUUUAUUAUUUCUAUGAUUUAGUGAACAAAUGUUUUGAAGAGAAGUAUUAUCGGUUUAUAAAUCAAGAUACUAUUAACUCCGUGAAGAAUGACUGCCCAGGACCACAAAUGUGUGGAUUCUAUCAGCAUCCGAGGAUUGAAUGUGUACAUGUGAAUGCAACGCAUAUUUUUAUGGAACCCAUCGAACCGAUAACAUAUUAUUAUGCAACUGAACACCAUUACACAGCUGACAUCGGUUGUUAUGCUCAAUAA